CAUACACAGUUUCUCGAAUAGUUUGUUUCGUAAAUUAUAAGUUUAUAAAACUGCUUCAAAAUGGGGAAACGCCAGCAUCAGAAAGAUAAAAUGUAUUUAACAUACACGGAGUGGACAACGUUAUAUGGUGGAAGAAAAUCAGGAACAACUUUAGAAACGAGUGAAGAGAAAACAUUUAGACGUCUACCAUAUGAUUGUUGCUGUCUAACGUUGCAACCUUUUGAGCAUCCUUACUGCGAUCCACAGGGCAAUGUAUUCGAACUGGAAGCUAUUUUGGCAUAUAUAAAAAAGCACAAGCACAAUCCUGUGACGGGGAAACCACUGGAUGCAAAAAGUCUAACCAAAUUAAAUUUUCAUAAAAAUAUAGAAGACCAAUAUCAGUGUCCUGUUCUUUUUAAGUUAUUCACAAAACAUUCACAUAUUGUUGCUAUCAAGACGACAGGAAAUGUAUUUUCUUAUGAGGCUGUUGAACAAUUGAAUAUAAAAACUACAAAUUGGAAGGAUUUGAUAAAUGAUCAGCCAUUCACACGCAACGAUAUUAUUACGAUUCAAGAUCCAAACAAUGCAAUGAAAUUUAAUCUGUCUUCUUUUCAUCACAUUAAAAAUAAUAUAAGGAUGGAAGACGAAGAAACUGUAAGAGAAAGAAAUAAUCCAAAUGCAAAAUUAAAAACUGUCUCGGUGGAAACUAAGGAAAUUUUGGCCGAAUUAGAAAGAGAUUACAAACCAACAACAAGUGGCAUAAAAGGCGAAGGGUCUACAAAGAAGGCUGACAAAUUUAAUGCUGCACACUAUUCUACGGGUGCAGUAGCUGCAGGAUUUACUUCAACAGUGAUGCCAGCAGAGACUACUCAUCAAGCAGCUGUUAUCGCAGAAGAUUUGGUACGGUACGAGAGAGUCAAGAAAAAGGGAUAUUUAAGAUUACUCACAAACUUCGGAGCUUUGAAUCUGGAACUUUAUUGCGACUUGGUUCCGAAGACUUGUGAGAACUUUAUGAAACAUUGUCAAAAUGGUUAUUAUGAUGGCACAAAGUUUCAUAGAUCAAUACGAAAUUUUAUGAUUCAAGGCGGAGAUCCGACUAAUACAGGCAACGGCGGCAAAUCUAUUUGGGGCAAACCAUUCGAGGAUGAAUUCAAACCGAAUCUUGUUCACCAAGGCAGAGGCAUUUUGUCGAUGGCAAACUCAGGUCCAAAUACCAAUGGAUCACAAUUUUUUAUUACGUUCCGAUCGUGCAGACAUCUUGAUCGCAAACAUACAGUCUUUGGGAAGAUAGUAGGAGGUUUAGAUACGUUGAAUGCAAUAGAAAAAAUAGAAGUGGAUAAUAAAGAUCGACCAAUAGAGGACAUAAUUGUACAGGCUAUUCAGAUCUUUGUGGAUCCUUUUCAAGAAGCUGAUGACCAGCUUGCUACGGAACGAGCUGUGGAAUUGGAACGAUUGGCUCGAGAAGCGAAUCAGAACAAAUCGAAGGACAAAUCAGAUAGAAACGACACCCAAAAAGUUUACCGAUCCGGUAUAGGGAAAUAUAUGAAACUGGAACAAGAGAAAUUGAAGGUGGACACAAACUCGGAGCCGGCCAGAAAAAAGAAAAAGGUUGCGUCGCAAUCGUAUGGGGAUUUCUCUUCUUUCACAUUUUAAGAAGUACAUUAUUAAAUGCAUAUAGUUCAUUAUUUAAUUUACAUACACGCGCGUGCACGCUACACACACACACACACACACACACACACACACACACACACACAUUUUCAAAUAUAAUUUUAUUAAAUUAAAUAACAUGUCUAUUUAUCAGGUUCAACAAGAUGCCUUAAUACAUUAGAAACUUAUUGAAACAUA